AUGUUUUCUUUGCUACUUUUGACAUCUACUGCGCUUGUAGAAACAGCUCUCGGUGUGAGCCCCAGUUACAAUGGGCUCGGCCUCACUCCCCAGAUGGGAUGGAACAAUUGGAACACGUUUGCGUGCAACGUCACGGAGCAAUUGCUUUUGGGAACCGCUGACAGGAUCUCAGAAUUGGGACUGAAGGAUGUAGGUUACAACUAUGUCAUUUUGGAUGAUUGUUGGUCUGGUGGCAGAAGCUCGAACGGGUCUCUUGUUCCUGACCUUAACAAGUUUCCUCACGGAAUGAAAUACGUUGCGGACCACCUGCACGACCAGGAUCUUCUUUUCGGAAUGUAUUCCUCUGCAGGUGAGUAUACCUGUGCUGGCUACCCUGGCUCGUUGGGUCACGAGGAGAAGGAUGCCCAGUUCUUUGCAAGAAACGAAGUUGACUACUUGAAAUACGACAACUGCUAUAACAAGGGCCAAUUCGGUACUCCUCAAGCGUCUUAUGAGAGAUAUAAAGCCAUGUCGGAUGCCUUGAAUAACACUGGUAGACCAAUUUUCUACUCCCUGUGCAACUGGGGUCAAGAUUUGACAUUUUACUGGGGGUCUGCGAUUGCUAAUUCAUGGAGAAUGAGUGGAGAUAUCACUGCGGAUUUUGAUCGUCCUGACAGCAGAUGUCCUUGUGGUGAUGACGAGUAUGAUUGUAAAUACGCAGGGUAUCAUUGCUCAAUCAUGAAUAUUUUGAAUAAAGCGGCACCAAUGGGCCAAAAUGCAAACCCAGGUGGUUGGAAUGAUCUAGACAUGUUGGAAGUCGGAGUUGGUAAUUUGACCGAUGAUGAAGAGAAAGCUCAUUUCUCUAUGUGGGCUAUGGUUAGGUCACCCUUGAUCAUUGGUGCUGAUGUCAAUCACUUAAAGCCUUCCUCAUUCUCGAUUUACGCUCAAUCUCCGGUUAUUGCCAUCAACCAGGAUCCAAGAGGUGUUCCAGCAACUAGGGUUUGGAGACGUCAAGUAUCAGAUACUGACGCCUACGGAAGAGGUGAAGUUCAAUUUUGGAGUGGUCCUCUUGAGAACGGCGAUCAAGUUAUUGCAUUUUUGAAUGGUGGAAACAGAAUGAGGCCUAUGAACGCUGGAUUGGAUGACAUCUUUUUCGACAGUCACCCGGGCGCUCCUGAAUUAAAUUCUACCUGGGCUGUUUAUGACCUAUGGGCCAAUAGAAUGGAAGAUAGUGUCGCAUCCGACAUUUUAAAUGGUAAUAGAUCUUCUAAUGGGUUGCUUUACAACAGUACUCAACAGUCUUACUCACAGGGUCUGGCAAGAAAUGAUAGCAGAUUGUUUGGAUCCCAAAUUGGCACUAUUCAAGCAGGUGGAAGACUGAAUGUUACUGUACCAGCACAUGGUGUCGGCCUUUACAGAUUGAGACUUCAAUAA